CGGUGUGGGCUUCCUAUUGUUUCCACUGCCAGGGUCUCAGCUUCUUGAAUGGAUCCCAGCCCUUUCCCUGAAGCUUCCAUAAAGAUAAUCUAGAAGUUGAAUUCUUCUCUUUCCCUGUUGACCACUGACUUGGAGAGGACUUCUUCAUGGUUUUUCUUAUAAUUCCGUGAUUCCGUCGUUGGAAUUAUCACUAUCAACUGAACCCCAUUUUCUUCACAGCUUAACCUGCCAAGAUUCGUCUCUAAUCGGGAGAUCGAUGGCUGCAGCAUCUUCUUCUUGUCAAGGGAGUUACGAUGUUUUCUUGAAUUUUAGGGGAAAAGACACCCGCAACGGCUUCACCACUCACCUUUAUGAAGCCCUGUGCAAUAAAGAAAUCCGGACUUUCAUGGAUGCCGACAAGAUUGUCAAAGGCGAGGAAAUAUCGGCAUCACUUGUUACAGCAAUGGACAAGUCCAUGCUUUGCAUUGUUGUUUUGUCCAAAAACUAUGCUUCUUCCACAUGGUGUUUGGACGAGCUUGUUCAGAUCCUCAAGUGCAAAAAUGCCAAGAAACAAACAGUUUUGCCCAUCUUCUACAACGUAAAUCCUUCUGAUGUACGAGAACAGAAAGGGAGUUUUGCAAAAGCCUUCGCUAAACUUGAAGAGAAGUUCAAGGAGAAGAUGGAGAGGGUGCACAUAUGGAAGUAGGCUCUCACUGAAGUCGCUAACAUAUCUGGCUGGGAUGCCAGAAACAGACACGAGCCUACGCUUAUCAAGGAAAUUAUUCAAUACAUUUACAGGUAAAAGAGCGAAUUUCGAUGCCCAAUAUUUCUAUUUUACCAAGUAUUGAGGAAAGGAGUGAAUUCUCACUUACGAGCAAAAGGAAAAUCAAUCAAGCCAAAGAAAUAGACAUCAAGGAGUCAAGAGAUGCCAUGGUAGUAUGUUCUUUCUUAGACAUAAUGGAUCCCGAUAUUUCUACUUCAUUGACUAUUGGGCAAAGGAGCAAAGUCCCGCAAAAUUGAGGAAAUGAAAGAAACAAAAAUCACUCACACUUCCCACUCAAGUUUCCUAAAUCUUCUUUCCCCUCCCAUUGACCUAGACGUUUUCUUGCUUCUCUCUUUACCUCCCUCUUCACCUCCUUCUUCACCUCCCUCUUCGCCUCUUAAUCCUUGGAUACAUUGGCAUUGAACACAAGCCCUUCAACAUGGAAAGAUGACCAUUUGCCUAAAGGAAUUAUGUUUCAUUAAUCUACACAUAUACAUUGUGUAUAUGGUGAGUUUGUCUCCUUAGAAAUGAAAUAUUGAAU